ACCCUACAUCCAAAAACCCUAGCAACUCACACGUAUAAAUACUCUCCGAAAGCCGAAAAUCUUCGUUUCGCUAAGCCCUAGUUGCUCUUAAUCUGUGACUUCAAAACCCUAGAGAUUUAAUCUCUGAUCUCUCAUCAUGGCACCAAAGAAGGAGAAGGCUCCUCCUCCGUCUUCAAAGCCAGCAAAAUCCGGGGGUGGCAAGCAGAAGAAGAAGAAAUGGAGCAAGGGAAAGCAAAAGGAGAAGGUGAACAACAUGGUUUUGUUUGAUCAAGCUACAUACGAUAAGCUACUUUCUGAAGCUCCAAAGUAUAAGCUUAUCACUCCUUCUGUCUUGUCUGACAGAUUGAGGAUUAGUGGCUCUCUUGCACGCAAAGCAAUCAAGGAUUUAAUGGCCAGAGGAUCUAUUAGAAUGGUUUCUUCACAUGCCAGCCAACAGAUCUACACUAGGGCUACCAACACCUAAGAGACAGAAUCUUAACAUUCUCCAUAGUAUAUAGAGAGGAAGCUAGUUCCAUUUUUGUUUCGUUAUCAUUUCUCUCUGCCAGUUAUGUUGGGAAUGAAGUUUUGAUAUGUUUAUUUCUUACAUUGCAGAACUUAAUUUCAUGCUUAAAUUCUCGUACUUUAGCAAUACUUUUACUGA